CUAUUUAAAGUAUGGUCUCCUGAUGUUUGCCAGACUCACCGUCACCUGACGCCAGGUAGAAACUGUCUGUCUUACCAUCCUGCAGAUUUCACCAUGAAGAUAUUUUACAUCCUUUGCGCUUGCGCAGUUGUGUCUGCCGCCCCUAACCCCGGUGUUACCAAAGAACAGCACGACUAUCCAAAAGUGAGGAUUUUGGUGGAGAAGCAGACUGGAGCGCAUGAUGUGGAGAAACGUCUGUUUUUUGGUAGUGUAUUCGACUUUGUUAGUUCAUUUGUUGGAGACGUUGGUUCUGCAUUCGAAAACACCGUCAGUGGUGUUGGUUCUGCAGUCGGAGACGCCGUCGGAGCUGUUGGUUCUGUAGUUGAAAACACCGUCGGUGGUGUUGGCUCUGCAGUCGGAGACGCCGUUGGAGCUGUUGGUUCUGUAGUUGAAAACACCGUCGGUGGUGUUGGUUCUGCAGUCGGAGACGCCGUUGGAGCUGUUGGUUCUGUAGUUGAAAACACCGUCGGUGGUGUUGGUUCUGCAGUCGGGGACGCCGUCGGAGCUGUUGGUUCUGUGGUCGAACAUGUAGCUGAUGAUGUUGUAGUUGGCGUAGAGGCGGCGGUUGACAAUCUUGGUAAGGCAGGUGAAGCUGCUGUAGGUGGCGUCGAGUUAGUGGCCAAUGAUCUUGCUGAUGGAGCUGAAGGUGUUGUAGGUGGCCUAGCGUCAGCCGCCAAAAAUCUUGGUCAAGCAGCUGAAUCAGUUGUAGGUGGUCUAGGGGGAGCAAUCGAACAUAUUGGUCAAGCGGUUACUUCUGGCAGCCUGGCAGAAGCCCUUCAGAACCUCGGUGAAGCGGCGGAAUCUGCUGUAGGAGGUGUUGUGGGCGGAGUCGAACAUGUCGGCGGAGCAGUUGCAGACGUUGCAGAAGGUGUUGUGUCGGGAGCCGAAAGUUUAGCUAAGGCAACAACAGAUUUGGUUGGAGGCGUUAAAGCAGUGUGUCACUACCUGGUUCAGGGAGUAGAGGCCGCUGAGCAAGGUGUUGAAAACGGACUAAAGGAUGCCGUUCAGUCAGUUCCAGUCGUUGGCCAAGUAGCAGCUGUGGCACAACAAUACCAGGAGCUGCUGCAAGCAUCGGGAGCCACACAGCAGAUCAGUGAAGAGAAGUGUAAGGAAGCCAUACUGGCAUUCAUUGGAAUCUAAGAAAAACACUGAGGCCGCCAUAAACAGGUUGCAGUCAGUCCAAUCUUCAUAUAACUGCUGAUGUCAAGAGACAGUCCGGAUUUCUCCUCACAUUAAAAGUUUCUUCCCAAGUUUCUAAAGACCCAAAGUGCUACUCGUAGUCACUUUUUCUUUAAGCCCAGAACUUCUGAAUGUUUCAAUUAAUUCAAGUUCAAAAACAAAGAAAAGAAUAAAGAAUCUGA